AUGGUGGACACAAUUCAAACAAAGGAAGGUGCUGUAGCAAUUAGUGCUGAGAAUGUACGCAGUUCGAUGCGUUCAGUUCGUCGUGGAAAAACAAAAAUGAUAUUAACGCCUGCGUCACUUGCAUCUCACCUAAAAGCUAAUGGCCGUAAACUUGGAGAGGGAAUUGCAGAUUUGUACGAACAAUUUGAAAAAGAAUCACCCACAUUUUUUGCAUUUUUUAGUGCUGAAAAUAGAGCAAAAAACAAAUUUCCAAAUGAGAUAUUUCUUCUGGAUCGAACUCGAGUAGUAUUGAAUGAAAAGCCUGAUUACUAUCAUGCAUCAUAUGUUGAUGGAUGCAGACAGGCCAAACAAUAUGUAUUGGCUCAGGCACCAUUUAAUGAAACAACAGCCUGUGAUUUCUUUCGAUUGGUAAUGCAGUGCAAACCAGAAUUGAUCAUUGUACUUAUGGAUUUGAAUUUAAAUGAUAAUGAACAAUAUAUUAUGGGAUCAAAACCACGAAAGUAUGGUACAAUAAGUGUUCGAAAUGAGAAAAAUGAAAGUCGUUCCUUAUCAAAGGAAACAAUUGAAAAAUAUAGCCAUUAUAAAUUGAUUGUAAUGAAAGAAAUGGAAAAAAUUGAACAGAAAUAUCAAUUAUUAACAUUUAACACAUGGACCGAUGAUAUGAUUAUACCAAAAGAUGAUUUCAUUAAAUUUCAUAAAUUGGUCCAUAAGCAAUUAGAGGAUAAACCCCGUGAAUGCUCACAACUUGUCGUAUGUCCAACAGGUGCUCAUCGUGCUGGUGUAUGGGCGGUAUUUGAUACGGAAUCUGAGCGCCUAAAAACCAAAAAUCGAAUUCGGUUCUCUGAUACAAUUAAAAGUGUACGAAAUCAACGAUGCAAUACAAUUGAACAUUUUGAACUAUUUGAUGAUAUGGUGGAGCAGUUACGGGUUCUUGGUUACCCACGACUUGUUUCCAUGGAAAAUUUUCGAACACCAAAUUUUAAAUUAAUCGCCGAAAUAUUGGAAUGGUUAGUGCAUAGAUACGAUGCGCAAAUUUCCAUUCCACUUGUGAUUGAAACAGAGCAAGAACGAGCAUUUUUUAUAAAAUCAGCUACAUUUUAUAUUCUUCAAAAAGCUCGAAUUAAACUUAAUCCCAAGAAAUUAUACAUGAGCGAAGAGCUAAAAAAAUGUCAACAAUUAGCAUUACAAAUUCCAAAUCAUGGUGCAACAUUGUAUGACCUUUUGGCAAAAGAGGUCACUGCAAGGGUUGAACGAAACAAAGCAUUAUCAUUCUCAUUAAGUUUAUCAGAUGGUGAAAAAGCUAUUUUACAAGCUACUCAAGCUAUACAAGAGGAAUUAGCUGUAAUAAAUCACAAUUUGCAAAAUGUUAGUUCGGAUGAAGCAGCAUUGGAUGCAAAAAUUGAACGUCGAAAGAAGGAAUAUGAUCAGCAACAAAAACGCUUAGCUAAAUUACAAUCAUUUCGUCCUCAAUGUAUGGAUGAAUACGAGAAAUAUGAAAUGAAAUUGAAACAGCUAUAUGCUAUUUAUGUAUUAAAAUUUAGAAAUGUAUCAUUUUUACAAGGAUUACAGAAUGAAUUUGAUCGAGCAGAACACGAACGAAAUGUAGAAGCUGAACAAAAUAUGCGCAAUAUGGUGGAGCGCAUGCGAGCACAAGAAUUAAUACUUCGAGAAGCACAGAUGGCUGGAUUAGAUAAAGAAGCAAAUUCAACAAAACCAAAAGUCAAAGGGUCAAAAGUAUUUGGCAAUAUGAUUGGGGCAGGAAUUAGUGAUGAUGAUGAUGAUGAUGAUAAUGAUGAUGAUGAUCAAGAAAAUGAUAUUUUUUAUGGAGAUGAUGAUGUUGAUGAUGACGGUGAUAAUAUUCCAUAUCGCAAUAAACUGAACAAAUCAGAAUUGGAAGGAAAUAAUGGAAAUAUUAAGAAGUUGGAUACUAGCAGCGAAGAUGAUUUCUGA